AUGUCGCGCUCAUUCGACAAGGACAGCUCCGCUCGCGCAUCGAGCGAAUUCCUCAUCGAGCACCAGGCGCGCCCGCAACGCCCGACGCGGCAGCCAUGGAGCAUGCGCAAGGCGGUCUUUGUGACUGUGUGCAUUUUGGUCGGUAGUCUGGAGCUCAUCGUGCUCGAGACAAUACUUGUCCGAUGGGGCGAAGCAAGAGGGUGCCCGCCAGCACUCCUCAGCGAGCUCAACAACCUCGUUCCGAAUUUUCCUACAACACCUGUCUUGUUCCGAAAAGACGCCUUUGCUACGGUGGACCACGAAUCCGAGCAGUCGAGAAACAUCACCAGGGAUAAUUGGCUAUCCUACAUGCCGAAGGGGAAUGGGUUUAUCGCUGUGAAUGACUCGGCAAAGUAUCAGCUCCCGGACCCCAUCCCGUUUCUGGGACAGAGUGCCUACUCCAUCGCCGUGUUCCACCAGCUUCAUUGUCUGUAUACCAUUAUGGACAUAUACAACGACUUGACCAGCGAGCGACCGGCUGGCCACGUAGACCAUCAUCACCAUGGCCGAGAAGAGGCCAGCGCGCAUCACCAUGUGGACCACUGUUUCCGGUAUCUGAGGCAAUCGUUGCUCUGCUGUGGUGAUACCGCGUUGGAAGGGCAGGACCCAAACACGAACAAGACAGGCACCGACGGUACCGGGGCGGUGCACAUGUGCAAGGAUUUCGAAACGAUUCGAUCGUGGGCUGAGGAUCACAGACUCGUCAACAACAAGGAUGCGUUAAAGUAG